AUGAGUGACGAAAUAAUGGAAGCUCUUGAUUCGGGUACUUCUUCCGAAUCCGAAUCCGAUUCCAUAAAAUCACCCCUGAAAGAUUGUGAAACCUUAAGCCUGUCUCACCAAAUGGUUAAAAUUGCCUCCCCGAUUUCAAAUGAAAAUUCGAACUCCAGCUCAGAUUUACCCUUAAGCUUAUUUGUAUCUAAAAAGAGAACCCAGUUAGCCAUUUUGUCAGAAGAUGAAACUGAAAGCUCAACUUCAAACACUACUGAAAAACACCACAAAGAACCAUCAAAUGUUUUGGUUUCAUGGAUGAAAAUAAAUUCAAGUUCUAGUGAUAUCCCACUUAGCAAGUUGGCUUCCAAUAAAAAACUAGUUGUUUCAAAAUUAGAAGUUCCAUCGUCAAAUGUUUCAGUAUCAGCAGAUGACAAUUCAUGUUCUAGUGAUGUCCCGCUUGCCAAGUUUGUAUGCUCAUCAAUCCAGCAUACCAAUUUAGAAGCAAAGAAGGCAAAGGAUCAGUUACGAAAAAAGGUAACUGUGAAUAAAAGUAAAAAGAACAAGUCAAAAUUGGAAGUUAAAUUGGAGGACUCAAAUGCUUCCCCUGCUUCUGGUCCAACCUCACUUGUUGAACAAGAAGACUCUGAUUCUAAUUCAAGUUUCACGCAAGCACGGGAAACGCACAAGAGCAAUAUUAAGAAAAAUAAAUUAAUCAAAACAAAAAAAGUGAAUGAGAAAAACAGUUUGAAAAGAAAAAGGAGUGAGGAAACUGGCAGUGAGCAAAAACGAGUCAAAACAAAAAAAAAAAAAAAUAUUUCGUCUGAUAGCAGCUCCGACGAUGCUGUUAAAUCAGAAAGUGUCACACCAGAACCGGCUUCCAGUAAAAAAAAUGGCAGUCCAGCAACCAUCAUGAAGAAUGAAACUGUUCCAGUAACAAUCGACAGCAAAUCUAGUCCGUCAAUGGGCAAGACAAAACUAGGUCCUGCGAGCAGCAAAAAGAAAUCGUCUGUUCAGGAUGACGUUACUAUUUCUCCAACUAAAGCCAAAGUCAACACAAAUCCUCUAAGUUCCAGAUCCAAACCAAUUGACACUAAAAAAACAAAGGUGUUGGAUAAAAACGGUAUUCUGGAGAAGCUCGAUAACUCGUCCAAUACUAGCAGCUCUUCAGAAGAUAGUGAGGUUGAGGAUCCCUCAAAUGUUGAAAAUAACGUUAUAUCGCGAUCCAGCUCGAGUUCCAAAAGUGACGAAGACCCUGAUUCAGUUCUCAGCUCUUCGAUAAGAAAAAAGAAAGUUCUGCAAAAGAAAGCCAACGGAACAAGGAAAAGUGGGAGUUCUGGAAGUGCUAGCGACUCCGAUGAUCCAGUGUCCCGUAAAACAAGUAAUUCAAGCACUGGCAAGGUUGAAGAACUCCCUGGUUGCCUGUCUUCUGGAUCUUCUUCCAGUGAGGAGUCCGAAAACGUUUCUCCGCAGAAGAAAAAGGCCACGCAGAAAGAUGAAAAAUCAUCUAAAAAGGAAACUACAAAGGAGAAGAAAAAUCCCGGAGACAACCCGCGUAUAAUACGGCUUCAGCGCUAUUUGAAAGAAGCGGGAAUUCGCGUGCAGAACUACAAAAUAUUAUGGCAAAACUGCAAAAGCGACAAAGCGAGGGCUCAAAAGCUAAUGGAGUUGCUUCAUGAGCGCGGUUUGAAGGGAAAACCUUCAGUUUCUGAAUGCCGAAAACUUAAGAAGAAAUUUGAGAGAGAAAAGGAGGUUUCAGAACUCAAUACAUCAAACAUCAUCACCUCCAAUGGGAGAUCUCGCCGCGGUGUAACGAGCCUCUUUGCAACUCGCCGUAGUCCUUCUCCAGCCAGCGCAAAGAAACAAGAAACGUCACCAAAGAAAUCACCAGAAUUUAAGAAAAUAUUUGGUCGAUUGAAAAACAUCGUCGACAGUGAGGAUUCCGACUGAAACGUACAGUAUCUUAUGUCAAAUUUUUAGAACCUAUCUUUUCAUCGUAAAACUCAUUUGUUCAAUUUCUUACUUUUAAUCCGUGGGUCGCAUAGUUUUAAUUUCCGCGCAUUUCCCAUCCAUAAUACUGUACAUCACGUCGUGGCGUACACUAUUAUCAUUUACGUCCACAACUAAAACCACAAAGAUAUUUCCCCUUGUUAACCAUAACGCAUAUCAAUACUUUUAAAUCAGUUUUAAAAUAAAAUGCCGUAUCAAUUUAA